UGGGGUUUUAGUUCGACCGCUCACGCGUUUGUUGGUCAGUUUUCCCGAAGAGUUCAACGGCAAAAGAUGUUUUCCAAGUUGUUCUUGGCGGGUGCCCUGGUGGCACUUUUCGGCACGGUAGCUUCCCAGUACGGCUUUCUGGAGGAGUUCAACGAGGACUUUGCGUUCUACGCGAACGAAACCAAGCGAGAUAUUGCGGAACUUCGACAAUGGAACAGUGCACUGAUCCGGGAGUUCAACCGGGAGCUCCUGCUGGAGAUGGCCCGGCUCACGACGGAUAGUCGAGCCAAUGACGCGGCGUUCCUGGAUCUGAUUCUGAACUUUGAAAACAUUGGAGACGAGUGUCGCGAGCAAGUCUUGUAUUUGCGCGAUAUUCACGUCUUGUUCCAAAACUGGGACAUCCAGUACUGUGCGUACUACGCCUGGAACGGGGUGAGUCAGGACUCGCAGAACCGGUUCUUCCCGUACCACAACGAGUUUGCCCGCGAAAAUGUGCGAGCAAUCUCCCAGGUGCUGCAAACUUUGGGCCGGAAUCGCGUGAACGACGUGGAAGCUGUCCGGUACGAACUGCAGGACGAGCUGGACUACUACCGCAAUCUUCGUGAGGGUCAAUCCGAGGUACUGUGGCAGGAAAUCGAGGCUCAUGCCGAUGAAGCUGAUCGUAUCUAUCGAGAACUUGACGACUGUCGAGUGUGGGCUGAAUCAUUGCAGCUGGCCGAUCACGAGUACCUCACGACCUACUUGGAGAGUGAUUGCGGGGAGAUCGAGGUGACCACCUUGCCACCGACGACUACCGAGGGUACGGAAACUACGACGGAAGACGUGGGAACCACUGACGAGCCGGAAAGUACCACACCAGCGCCGGAAACAACUGAGGCUCCGGAGAUUACUGAGGCUCCGGAAACUACUGAGGCUCCGGAAACCACCGAGGCUCCGGAAACAACCGAAACUACAGAGGAUACCGAAGCCCCUGAGUCAACCACCGAGGGUUCCACGGAACCGGUGCCGGAAGAAUUCAUGUUUUAAGUUAACCGUCCCUUUAGUUGCUCAAUAAAGGUCUACCGA